AUGGUGCUGUCUUUUAAUCGUUUGACUGUCUACCUUCGUGGGUCAGCUUCACGCGUUGUACCUUUAUUUACACGUCAUCGCCGGAUAUUCACCGUACCAAUUCGCUCGGGUGAAUCUGUUGCGACAAUGAGGAGUCGUCUCCUAUACGAGAGUCGCAAAAGAGGCAACUUAGAAAACGGGAUUAUACUUGCAUCAUUCGCUGAUAAACAUCUCGGCAAGAUGACUGAAGAACAGCUCAAGGCUUAUGACCACCUGAUAAACACACCCGAAUGCGACUGGGAUAUCUUCUACUGGGUUGUCGGUGAGAAAGAGGCUCCCAGUGAAUACAGAAGUGACGUGCUGGAGAUGUUGCAGAGACAUGCCAAAAACUACGGCCGUAAUUUGCGGAACCAGCAGCCCAAUAUUCACCCCCACACUGUGUAG